AUGGCUUUACUACUAAGGAAGAGACUCCGCCGUUUAUGGGACGCCGUCAAGUCCAUCUCUCGAGAGCGCACGCCCGAACCUAGCACGUAUCAGGCUCUGGGUAGUCCUGCUCCGACAGCCGCUCCAUCGACGAUUUCUAACCCGGCCAUCGUCACACCUGUCCCUGCCUCCCUGAUGCCCGCCAAUCCGUAUCAGAAUCUUGUACCAACGGACGAUGAUGACUCGCCGGUCGACAUGGGCAUCAAUAUGCUGAUAGAUGUCAUUGAGAGGGUGAAGGAGUGUUCCGAUGUAUUUCCUCCACUCAAGUCUGCUUCAGCGGGUUUACUCGAGGUUUUGAAGCGAAUCCGUACGGUCCGGGGUGCUCAUCAGGACCUGGAGGGCGCUAUUCAGACCUUUAACUUGAUCGUCUCGAUCCUUCAAUCUCACAAGACCGGGUCAACGGAGUCGACUUGGCUAGAUGAACGGAUUGGACACGUCUGCGAAGUUAUAGAUGCCCAAACCAAUGCACUCCGUUCACUCCUUGGUAACGGUAUGUUGAAACGGGCACUUACAGCACCUGCCGACGAGAAAGCUGUAAUGGAGGCGUUUCGGAACAUCAAGAAUCUUGCAGACCUUUACACCCUCGACGUCACAACACGCACGAGCGUUCUCUCAGAAGAGACGCAGAAGGAUGUCAAAUCCAUUCAAGAGACCGUGGACAAGAUCGUCGAGACUGAGAUCCUGGAAAAGCUUCGCAGAAUACCCAAGAAGAAUGAGUGCCUUCCUGGGACCCGCGUCACUAUUCUUGAGGAUCUCCAAGCGUGGGCAAUGGAUCCUGACGCUUCUCAUAUCUUCUGGCUCAACGGCAUGGCUGGUACGGGAAAAGGUACCAUUGCGCUCUCCCUUGUGCGCAGACUUCUCGAGCUGAGGCUCUUGGGUGGCUAUUUCCUAUGCUCGCGAGAUGGAUCUCCCGAAGAACGGGAUGUCAGGAGCAUAAUACCAUCUCUGAGCGACUUUCUCGCCAGUCUCUAUCCUGACUUCAGAGCUGCACGCACACAGCACCUUGCAUUGUCACAGCCCGUGAAUUUGACUCUCGAUGAUCAAUUUGAAUCACUGCUCGGCACAUCGAUCUCGUCUGCGUUUGGUGCUCCUACUGCACCUAUGAUGGUCUUUAUUAUAGAUGCACUCGAUGAAUGUGAGGACCACGAGGAUACGCAAAGAUUGGUGCAGAUUCUAAUGACCAAUGUUCCAAGUCUACCAAUCAAAUUCCUCAUCACGAGCAGACCAGAGUCUCACAUCAGCCAGAUAUUAUCUUCACCAUACCCACUUGUGCUUCGUCUUCAUGAUGUUGAUGAAGCGGUAGUUCAAGGUGACAUACUGCUUUAUCUGAAAAAGAAAUUAUCAGACAUAGGGCACUUGCACAAUAUCCUCUCGAGCUCUGAAACGUCAACUUGGCCGACCGAAUCACAGAUUUCCAUGCUCUCCCAGAAUGCGGAGAGAUUCUUUGUCUAUGCAUCCACAGCUGUCAAGUAUAUCGCAGGAGGCCCGGACCCGGAAACUCGUCUGGAUCGGUUGCUCACUCGACCUAUGCUAUCUACGAAGGCUAUGCAGCCAAUUUACUCAGUCUAUGCUCUUGUCCUGAACGAUGCAUUCCAAAACCUUGAGACAGAUGAGGCUCAAGCUACUCGACGAUGCCUUGCUGCCAUUGUAUCUGAAAGAAAUAAUAUGACGGUGCUGGAACUAGGAUGUCUUCUUCGGCUUUCUUCUCGCCAGAUCCGCACAGCUCUUUGUGCUCUGCAUUCCCUCAUUGAUAUUCCAGAUGAUGAGUCAAAUUUCAUCUCAACCUUCCAUGCAUCUUUUUCAGAUUACCUGCGUGAUGAUGGGUGUCAUGACCAAGUGUGGUUCACUGAUGCAAGAAGUGCACAUCUUGACCUGGCAGAAGGGUGCCUCACAGUAAUGUCUUCGAGACUAUGUUUCAAUAUUGCUGGGGCUUUGUCUUCAUCAGUGCGUAACCAAGAUCAGCAGCUAGCUGAUAUACCCAUGGAGGUUGCAUAUGCAUGCUUCUAUUGGCAGGAUCAUAUCACUGCCUCCACUCAAUGCUCCAGGAUAUUCCUCACACUUAGAAAGUGUCUACAAGCCACGUUCCUGUACUGGGUUGAAGUUCUCAGUGUAUUUUCCAUGGUCGAUUUUGCAGCCAGAAAGCUCAGGAAGGUCAUUGCUUACUCUGAUCUUAUGAAACACAGCCCAGAUCUUGCAGCAUUGCUUCAAGAUAUACAUACCUUCUUGACUGCUUUCAGAGAGCCAAUCAGUGAAAUGCUCAAAGCAUUCCAGGCUCCAGUUUCAAAAUCUUCUGACAUGUGA